UGAUCAGAUGGCAUCUCACUAACUGGAGCUGGAUGCCUUGGCGGCCAGUGUCCACAUCAUGGCUCAGUUCGYCGAGGUCCUGAACCAGGUGAGGUCGGUCCUUACCGUGGCGCUGCCCGGCGAGGUUCACGCUCUGCUGGAGGGUCUGGUGGAAGAGGGGAUCAUCUCGGAGGCAUACAGGAACAGUUUGAAUCUGCACUGGCUCAAUGAUGGGAUUGUGCCUAAAUUCACAAGCAAACMAGGAUGCGUCGAGCUGGAUGAGGACUUAAACUCUCCAGGAUCCGUGGCUCAGUUGGACCUCAACCAAGAACCGAUGAGCCAAGURAGAACAGGCGGAUCGAAAUCUCUCGCUGGUGACCACAAUGUGGAACAAACGGAAUCGGUCUCAUUAAUAGAGGAACCAAACAACACAAGAUUUACCCCGGAGAAGAACAAGUGGCUCCAACAUGAAAUUCUGCAGAGAAAUCAGGAGGAAAUGCAGGAGUUAUUGGAAGAAGUUCUAAUGGACGUGUCCUACUUYARCCAAKWCCCUCUUUCCUCACUGCCAGUGUAUGACUGCACUCUCAGAUCCAGUGAUGAAAAAGCAGAACUGCUGAACGGUSCAAGCAGAGAGCCUCCUAGUGAUAAUGAAAGCAUAAACAUGGGGAAUGAGGAAAGUGAGGAGGUGUGGUUACAGCAGGUAGAGGACUCAGCCAGGAGGAUAGCUGUUCCUCUGUGGCAGAACUGGGACAGAGGGAGAGGGAUGUUGCAGACCCUCCUGCCCUGUGGGCCAAGCGGCUGCUCAAUAAGCGACAGGAUGAUGCUGGAGGGUGAAGCCCAGAGUGUCGUUUUGGACAUGGAGGAGGAAAUGGAGCUUGCAGCCGCUUGCAGUUCACUUGACACCUGCGUUGGCGACUUUGAGUGUGAAGAGCUGAGCUUCGCGUGUGACACAGAUGCAGGCAGGUCAGAACGAGAAGGGCUUCACUUCUCUACCCUCAGCGGAGUUGCUGUGUUCAACGCGGACGACUUCAGGAUCCUCGGAGCGACAAGAAAAGCCUCACCUGUUGAAGCCUGCAAAGCAACAGAGGCGGGAUACAUCACCCAAAUGCGGGAGGGCCAAUUCGAUGUUCUGUGUCCAGUCGGCAAGACGGCAGACCAAGUGGAUGACCUGUUCUGUUUCACAGCAGACGCACCAUAUCAACAAUGUGGAGCUCAAUCAGGACUGUCUGAAGCCACUUUCAGGGACCUGCUCCAUUCAGAUGUGCCUGUAGACAGCAGAACUGUUCUGCAAGAUGCCUCUCAUAGUCUCGCAGAAGGAUUUACAGAUUACCUAGAAGAUGCAGAAAUGUAUAACCAAGAUGGAGAAUUCCAAGAAAAGACGGAUUUACAUGGUGAUGCCAAGAUGCAAGAAAACGACCAGGAUUCCGCGGGCCUGUUKGAUUUGGGUUAUAUAAUGGACCUUUUGUGCGAUGAUGAAUAUUUAGCUUCUCAGCUGGAUCUGCUCUUCAGUAAUGAUCUGGGGCCUGACUGCUUUGAUGAUAUCACCCAAAACAGUGACACUCCUGUGGCACUGGAGGUCUCUGAUACUGCUAACCACAACGAGCAGAGAGAGCAGCGGAAGCCAUCGGGCAAAAUAAAACCCAAGAGAAAAAGACAGAAAGAUGCCCUUUCCACACAGUGCACCAAUGGAGACUCCAGAGUGAAAAGGCAUAAAACAACAGAACCACCAAAAACCCAGGAAGAAACUGCUGAGCCACCUGCCAUUCAUGAUGCCGAAGCAGUGUCAGUUCCAGCAGAGUCUGUGGGAUGCCUUCCCACCACUCCUCCGGGCAACCUGCUCGUGUUCCCGCCUCAGUCAGCUAAUUCCAUUCCCAUUCAGUUCAUCACAAUCCCAGACCCAUCUGCUUAUAAGGUGGUCCAGCUAUCCUCCUCCCCUCCUCCGCUUAUUAGGCUCCCACUCCCRAACACGGCUGCUACGCCAACGUACAUCUUCGUUCCUAAUCCCUCUCCGACCCGCAAACGCCAGGUUCCACCCCUCUCUCCAGAGAGGGACGACGAAAAGUUGUGCAACUCGCGCAAUUGCGACAAUGAGAACCGACCCACGAUCUUUGACAGCCUGAAUGGGAAACGCUACAACGUGCUGUUUGGCAACGCUGGCAUGGGGAAAACAACCGUGAUCAAGAAGCUGUGUCUCGACUGGUCCAAAGACUGCAUCCCUCAGUUUGACUUUGUCUUCCUAUUAGACGGCAAACAGCUCGCUUUAACGGAGCCCGUCCACAGCCUCCAGACGCUGCUGCUCAGUCAGUCCUCCUUCGCUCCACGCUGCGCGGACCCUGACGGGGUUUACUCGCAGAUCCUCGCAGAUCCUAAACGGGURCUUAUCGUUUUCGAUGGGUUUGACGAGCUGCGGCACUACGAAGUCCUGCUCCAGACUCAGAAGAAGGAGUUGGUAGCCUCGCUGCAAAAAGACAGCAAAGGCCAGACCUUUACGGUGAAGCAGCUGUUYUCCAGCAUCCUUCAGAGGGUCCUGCUUCCAGGCUGYACGCUCCUCCUYGCCACCCGCCCGAGAGGCAYRGCCAGCCAGUUGCUCCGCCGCGCUGACAGCUUUCUGGAGGUCUGCGGCUUCACUCCAGCGAACGUGGAGACAUACGUCUCCCAAUACUUCUCCGAUCCUGGACUUAGGGAAUCUGCUUUGGACUUCCUAAAAAGCAGCAGCUACCUGAAACUCCUCUGCUGGAACCCGGCUCUCUGCCACUUGGUGUGCGCAGCUUUGGAACAGUGCAAAAGUGAGGCUGCCUUACCAAGAACUCUAACUGCACUCUGUCACAAGGUGCUCUGCUUGAAAAUGGAAAAAGACAGAGGAAGCACAGAGUCACUUCCUGAGACAGACAUUUCUAACAAUUCUCAGUGGAUGAGAGUACAGAAAAACAAUCGCACAAGGCCCAGAGCGUGUGCUGCUUCUGGUAUCCAAAGAGCAAGGAGGACGAAGGGACAGAAGAAACUGGAUGAGGAGAACGUGUGCGUGGACACCAUCAGAUCAGAGUUGCUGUCCCAGCUUUGCUCUAUAGCCUGGGAGGGAGUGAAAUCCAACUCAUCUGUUGUUCCCAAAGGACGAACUGUCUCCACCAAACUCAGAGCYUUCAGCUUGAGGACGGGCCUGCUACUUUCUCAGUCCCUCAUGAGAAGGACGCCUUCCAAAAGAGAGGAUACGGAGGGAGGAGGACAAGUUAACAAUGGGAUAGAAGAAGUAGAGAAGGAAGAGAAUAGAGAAAAGGGAGGAAACCCACAAAUGUCUSAUGAAUGUGAAGAUGGGAUCCUGUUGUGGGCUAAUCCUUUCCUUCAGAGUUACAUGGCUGCUGUCCAUUUGUCUUUGUCAAGGACUGUGACAGACCACUCCUUUCUCCAGACCCUGCCUUUCCAGAUGGGUGCCAAAGGCCGACGGAAACCACAGAGAGAGGAGAUGGAGCUGACGCAGCGGAUCGCCGCAGGCCUCCUGUUCCACAACAGGACAGAGCUACGGAGUCUUCAUUCACACUCGGAAACAGUCUUCAGGGACAUGGUUGCCAGUAAGCAAGCUUUGGUGAUGAAACACCUGGAAGGUCUGUGUUUUGGGGAUUUGAGUUCAGCUCAGAUACUGGAGGUGUGCAACUACGUCUACGAAGCAAGUUUCACGCAGCAAGUGAGCGGGACGGACACCAGUGCCAAAAUGCUGACCCAUCUGGCAUCAAAUCUCCCUGAACUCCUAACAUUUCGGGGCGUUCCCCUCAACCCGCCAGAUGUGUUCACAGUGCAAAACGCUCUCGGGGCGGGCGGAGCUCAGGGCAGGAGUUUCUGUUUGGAUCUGGAAGACUCUGGGAUACAGAUCUGUGGACUUAGAACGUUAGUGGCCCUCAGCAACAUCAACACAUACAGGGCCUGCAUAGCAGACGUCGUCACCCUGUGGGAGGAGCUGGAGAAGAGGAGCGACGAGGGUCUCCUGCAAGGAGCGGUGUCCAAGUUCAAGAUCCAUCCUCUGAAAGCCACUCAGGUCUGUCACAUAGAGCACCUGGAAAGGCUCGUCAGCAUACACACCAGCAAGAGGCUCUCGGACAGCUCCGACCAAUCAAAUUCCCUCCUGUCAGAAGGGGUGCCAGCAGUCAAAGAGCUGCACAAGCUGGAGUUUGAGCUUGGCCCAGAAAACAGUCCCUUGGCUCUUCCCAAACUGUGGGACCUUCUCCCCGGACUCCAUAACCUGCAGCACUUGGACGUGGAAAACAGUAAGAUCGGAGACAAAGGAGCAGAGAAACUGGCAAAUGCGUUAGUCUCUCUUCGCUCACUGGAAGUACUGAAUUUGUCCGAGAACUGCAUAGGCGACCAGGGUGUGAAGAAGCUAGCCCUCUCCUUGAAGGACCUGCCCAAGCUGCACUGUCUAAGUCUGUACAGUAACGUGAUUUCCGACGAAGGGGCAGAGAGUUUAGCAGCUGUGCUCCCACACAUGGCUUCGCUUACAGACCUCGACAUUAAAUAUAACAAGAUGACGGAUAUUGGAGCACAAAGCUUGGGAGCCAGUUUGAGAAAGUGCUCUAAAGUUAAGACUUUGAGGAUGUGGAACCAGUGCAUACCAUAUGGAGUUUUUGAGAGACUUAAGCAGCAGGACAGCCGCAUCCUCUGGCAAUAAUAUGGUCCUUUAAAAAAAAAAAAAAAGUUCUACCUUGCACUGAAUUAAUCUGUCCUACGUAUUCAUCUGAACACUACCCUUUAAGUGUUCUAAAGCCUUCAAAUUAUGACAUUAAGAGCGUGUGAAGAUUUGCACUACAAUAAUUAGCUGCUGUUCAGCUCUUCAGGUAAAGAUUCUAGCUAUUCUUUAAAGGAGGAUUAAUACUUCCACACUCAGGAUCGCCUGUGUGGAAUGCUUUAUAUAAACCUUGCACAAUUUUAUAUCAUCUACAUGGAAAAGCUGUUGKUUUUUUUUUUUGUUUACAAUCAUCAAUGUAMAUUUUUGUGUGUGUUUUUUAUGUGUUUGUUUUUCUGGUUGUGAGCUACAGCUCAUAACCUGGUUACUUUCAUACAUAUACGUCUUUUAAUUGUGGUGUCACAUGUUUAUUUUUUUUACUAAAUGCUUGAGGUUAUUUAAAACCUCCCUUUUACACUUCCUCUCCUACGAGUUUCUGUUCCCUAUUUGUACACACACUGACCUUUCAGACGGGAGUGUUGCCUGCAGCUCUGUGUGUUUUUACACGGUCUCUCAUUGAAGGACAACGUCUGUCGCAUUAGCAGUUGAACACAGUUGUGUUUGGAUGAAAUGUUACAAAUGUGGAGCGAAAUCCCAAUGUUGGCCUGUGUGAAUGGUGCUAACAUCUCCCGGAAUGACACUCCAACUACAGCACAAAUCUAAUAAAUGGAUUUGAAAACUGGA